GCCUCAUUUUGGAUUUUUCUUUUACACGCGGCGUUAGACUAAAGAAGGUUAAGUUCGUGUUUGCUGCGCGACAAAAAAUAUUUUUAACUUAAAUUAAUGCAUUGAACGUGCAUAAUGUUUGUGUUAUAUGAAACGCCGGCGGGCUACGCAAUUUUUAAACUGCUGGACGAAAAAAAACUCGAGCAGGUCGAUAAUUUAUACUUGGAAUUUGAGACACCUGAAAGGGCCAACAAAUUGCUGAAAUUGAAGCAUUUUGAAAAAUUCAAUGAUACUACAGAAGCUCUUGCAGCCGCCACUGCUGCUGUAGAGGGUAAAGUAUCAAAGCCGUUGAAGAAGACACUUAAAAAGCUGCUCGUCGACGAUGUACAGGCAUCCCUCCUGGUGGCGGAUGCUAAACUGGGCACAGCUAUCAAAGAUAAGCUAGCGGUACAAUGUGUCUAUAAUACGGGUGUGCAAGAACUGAUGCGCUGCAUACGCCAGCAGGCAGACAGUCUCUUGGGUGGCCUGCCCAAACGAGAAAUGACAGCUAUGGCUUUGGGUUUGGCACAUUCGCUCUCCCGCUACAAGCUGAAGUUCUCGCCGGACAAAAUCGAUACAAUGAUUGUGCAGGCGCAGUGUCUUUUAGAUGACUUAGAUAAAGAACUUAACAAUUAUAUGAUGCGUGCCCGUGAAUGGUAUGGCUGGCACUUCCCCGAACUGGGCAAGCUGAUAACAGACAACAUUGCUUUUGUCAAGACGAUCAAACUAGUGGGCACCAGGGAUAAUAUGGCUACAUCCGACUUGUCUGACAUAUUGCCCGAAGAUGUGGAACAACAGGUCAAGGAAGCGGCCGAAAUUUCAAUGGGCACUGAGAUCAGCGAGGAGGAUGUGCUUAAUAUUCAGUGCCUAUGUGACGAGAUCAUUUCCAUUAAUGAUUAUCGCACGCAUCUCUAUGAUUACCUGAAGGCGCGUAUGAUGGCAAUGGCACCCAAUUUGACGGUACUCGUUGGCGAUACUGUUGGCGCUCGUCUCAUUGCACAUGCUGGCUCCCUCAUCAAUCUAGCCAAGCAUCCCUCAUCCACUGUCCAGAUAUUGGGAGCUGAGAAGGCCCUUUUCCGUGCCCUCAAGACAAAGAAGGACACGCCGAAAUACGGUCUCAUCUAUCACGCACAGUUGGUGGGCCAGGCGAGUCAAAAAAACAAGGGUAAAAUGUCGCGAUCUCUCGCAGCGAAGGCGUCACUGGCUACACGAGUCGAUGCGUUCGGCGAGGAGGCCACCUUUGAGCUCGGUGCCACACAUAAAGUAAAGCUGGAAUCGCGAUUGCGUCUGCUCGAGGAAGGCAAUCUACGAAAACUGUCCGGCACGGGCAAGGCAAAGGCCAAGUUCGAGAAAUAUCAGGCCAAGAGCGAGGUGUUUACCUAUCAACCGGAGGCGGAUAACACAUUGCAUGUUAAGAAACGCAAACAUUCAGAAGUUGAAACGCCCGUUAAGCAGGAGCAGCAGGCGGAGGAGGAGCCAGCAACUGCUGCUGAUGAAACAGAAAGUAAAACUGAAAAGAAAAAGAAGAAGAAGAAGAAGCAAAAGGAUGAAGAGGCACCUGAAACAGCCGCGGAACCUUCAGCAGAAGCUGAUGAAGCAACGCCUGCAAAAAAGAAGAAGAAAUCCAAACAUCAGGAAUAAGAAGCAACACCUUUGGGGCUUUAAAAUAGUGCUUAGGUAUAUAGUUAUUAGCAAUUACCCUAUAGUUUUACAGCCAAGAAUACACUUUUAUUUGUUGUGUACCUACAUUAGAAAUAAAAAAUGUAAUA